CAGGAGCUGCUGCGCAAGCCGCUCAUCGGCCCCGAGGACGUCCUGGGCUUGCAGAAAAUCACGGGCGAUUAUUUAUGCACUCCUGAAGAAAACGUGUACAAAAUAGAUUUCACCAGGUUUAAAAUCCGAGACAUGGAGUCUGGCACGGUACUGUUUGAAAUCACGAAACCACCUGCCUCGGAGCACAAUGAUGAUUUGAUUUGUGCCAUUCCAGAACGUGAACAUGCUGAUAAAAAGGAUGUUGAUCCUAAUGCUGGGCGAUUUGUGCGCUAUCAGUUCACUCCAGCUUUCUUGAGACUCCGGCAAGUUGGAGCCACGGUAGAGUUCACAGUAGGGGACAAGCCCAUUAAUAACUUCCGCAUGAUUGAGAGGCACUACUUCCGGGAUCAGCUGCUCAAAAGCUUUGAUUUUGAAUUUGGGUUCUGCAUCCCCAGCAGUAAAAACACUUGCGAACACAUCUAUGAAUUCCCACAGCUCUCGGAGGAUCUCAGUAAGUUCUUGCAGUCUGAGUUGCCAGCGAGGGACAAUAAACUGAGUUCGAGAGAUGAUCCUUCACCCCUAUGAGACGCAGUCGGACAGUUUCUACUUUGUAGACAACAAGCUGGUGAUGCACAACAAGGCAGAUUAUUCAUACAGUGGAGGACCAUGAGUACCGAGUGGACAGCAGAGCUGUGUUGGCCUUUCCUUUCCUGUAGAAAUUGUCAGGGAUUCUUCCACCUUCCUGCUUUUGACUUCCAAGGUCAGCUGAGCACAGGUCCAUGAUCCAAGGACUCUUUGUUGUAGUAGGAGUUUCAUGACUAAACUUGUUGAAGUCUUUCAUCUUCCCUGAGCUUUGAAGCAGAACCCUGUUCUUCAAGAAUGCUAAAUACAAUCCCACAUGAAUGAGUGAUCUUUGGUCACUGGAGUCUAAGGCUUUUUAAAUAGCUCUGCGUAAAAAUGGCCUGAUACAUCAUCUAGUUAAUACCAAACCAGGAAUUCUGUGCCCAAAUUCUCCAGAUUUGUGUUUCCAUUAUUAAGCAUAUCUUUGCACGAUUGCUCUAUCUUAGAAUGUGGUGUGGGAGAGCCUGUGAACAGGCAGAAGUCUAAUGCAAAUACAGAGAUGCAUAUCUCUAUCUGAUCUUGUGUAUGAAUGCUUCAAAGGGCACAGUUGUAACCUUAACUUGAUUCGUACACCCACCUAAAAUUUGGAUCCUGUCUUUCCUCCUGAGAAGCAAAAUGUAAGUAGGAUUUAGAGAGAGCUUCUCUAUAUCUAUAACUCAGCAAAUGUGUUUUCCCUCCACAGAGCAUUUCCUGUUGGAAACAAUGAAACUCACACUGAAGGACAGUAAUUCAAUGAUGGGCCUGUUUUCAACUGCCCUUUUUUCUGCCUCUGUUAGCAAUCUAGUCUUGAGGGUCUGCAAGUCCCCAGAAACGUUGUCCUCUUUCAUUUCAGCUUGUGUGUUGUUUUUGCUGAUUCAUCCAGUCAAGAAGUAGAUAUGUUUUUUAGUUUAGCUUGUCAUUAUCAGUUAAUGUUCAGUCUAUGCCUAAUGUAAGCUUUUCUGAGUCUAAUUUCUUCUUUAGCUGCCUGUAUAGAAGUGUACUGAGAUAAGAUGCUUCAGUAUGGGUUGUCUUAGGAAAGUAGUUUCAUUUGUCCAAGGUUAUCAGAGUGAAUGGGCUUUCUGGUUUCUUGUUUUGUGUGUAAAUUUAAAGCAUUUUAUGGUAAUAUGUUUGUUUUUUUCUUUUGUCCCAAACUUUUGGGACCAGCUAUUAAUUCCUAAUAGGCAGUAAGUUUGAAAGUAUGGAUCCUACACAGUCACUGUACAAAACAGUUUAUCCAAAAUGAUGGUUCCGCUUCCAGUCCUGCAUAAGGAGUUUAAGAACUGUUUUGCACAAGUUUCUAAUGGGUAUGCUGCUCUUUGGAGCUAGGAAGUAGAAAGGAGAGGCAAAAGCAAACUAACAAAUCACAGAGAGUGUCUGCUGUAUUAUAACAAUAGAAUCUGCUGUACUGUACACUGAUGAAAAUCUGUGAAAAGAUCCAACAAAGACAAAAGCUUUCUUCCUUUUGGAGGUGAUUUGUAGUCAUGAAACCCUCAUAAAAAAGUUUGGUUCACUGGUAUCAGAAAAAUAAAGAAUUGCAGUUUAUAGCUA